AUGCGGUCAAUCAGGGUGUCACAGCCCUCGGCAUCAAAGGUCAGAACACACCUCUUCCAUCUCAUCAUCAUCAUCGGUCGCGUGCCUAAAGCUGACCGUCUAUCUUCAGCCACCAACGGAAUUGUCCUCGCCACCGAAAAGAAAUCCUCUUCGCCGCUCAUCGACCCUCCCUCGCUCUCUAAGAUUUCGCUGAUCACCCCGGACAUCGGCAUGGUCUACGCCGGCAUGGGCCCUGACUACCGUGUGCUGGUGGAUAAGGCCCGCAAAGUCUCGCACACGGGCUACAAGCGCGUCUACAACGAAUACCCGCCGACCCGGAUACUGGUGCAGGACGUCGCCCGGGUGGUGCAGGAGGCCACGCAGUCCGGUGGAGUGCGGCCGUACGGUGUCAGCUUGCUGAUCGCCGGCUGGGAUGAGGGCGUCGAGCCCGAGGUCGCGGAUGCUGAGAAGGACUCGGAAUCGCCGGAGAAGAUCCCCGGCAAGACUGGCGGUAUCCUAAAGGGCGGUCCCAGUCUCUACCAGGUUGACCCCAGUGGCAGCUACUACCCGUGGAAGGCGACGGCCAUUGGCAAGCACGCGACAAGCGCCAAGACGUUCCUGGAGAAACGGUACACCGAGGGCUUGGAGCUGGAGGAUGCCAUUCACAUUGCGCUGUUGACGCUCAAGGAGACCAUUGAGGGCGAGAUGAAUGGGGACACAAUAGAGAUUGGCAUUGUCGGCCCACCAGCCGAUCACCUGCUGGGCUACGAGGGCGUGGAGGGUGCGCAAGGCCCGCGGUUCAGGAAGUUGACCAAGGAACAGAUCGAGGACUACCUGACCAACCUAUGA